AUGGAUCAUUUUGGUGUUAUUACAAUUCUGUUUAAUCCCAUGAAAUACAGAUCACGCUAUGAAUGGUACCAUCGAUUUGAUGAACAUAUGUCCCGUUCAAAUGUGACAUUGUUGACAGUUGAAUGUAUAUUUGAUUGUGCAGAUGGGUUAGAUUUACCGCAACAAAAAUUCGAAAUUACACGUCCAAAUGAUUCUCGACAUUUGCAAAUUCGAGCACCGUCGGUCUUAUGGUUGAAAGAAAAUCUGAUUAAUAUUGCGGUGAAGCGUCUUCCAGCUUUUGUUGAAUAUGUCGCUUGGAUAGAUUGCGAUAUCGAAUUUGAGCGUCUAGAUUGGGCUCAAAUAACCAUUCAUCAGUUACAACAGUAUUCUGUCGUUCAACUUUUUGAUAUAGCAUAUUUUCUUGGUCCUGGUGGUAAAAACGACGUUCUUCGGGAGGAUUAUUCGUUCGUUUAUGCUUACCGUCACGAUCAGCCAUUAGAUGCUCGACGAUCUUCAACGUGUCUGUUUCAUCCGGGUUACGGUUGGGCAAUGCGUCGUAGCGUAUUCGAGAACAUGGGUGGCCUUCUCGAAUUUGCUGUGCUUGGAUCAGGAGAUCUUCAUUUCGCUUAUGCUCUGAUUAAUCGCAUCGAUGAAACGAUUCCAUACAGUGUACAUGAUGAUUAUCGAUCCUUAGCAAGAAUCUGGGGUCAACGAGUUGCUCAAUUAGUCGGAAAUGGAUCUUCUGUUGGUUAUUUACCUAUACAUAUUCGGCAUUACUGGCAUGGAAGUCGUGAAAAUCGUGGCUAUUUCGAACGAUGGUCCAUCUUAGAAGAACAUCAAUAUUCACCAUUGAGAGAUCUCGAGAAGAAUGAUUAUCUAGCUUUGAUUCGUUUGAACGCACACCUUCGUAAGGUAUCAGCCGACGAUGCCAAGCGAUUGAGUUCAUUUGAGAAAGCAAUUGUAGCCUAUUUUCGAUCGCGAGACGAGGAUAGCUUAGAGAAAACAAUACCGUCGGUAAAUAAUCCAAAUACGAAAUCGUCUCUAUCCAACACUCUACCACCACCUCGAAUAAAAGAUGUCGAUCAAGCAUCUGACGAAUAUCAUGAAUAUACUCUAUUGGAAAAUAUGCGCUCUGGACACGUAGUUAAUCAACCGAAUGCAACUUCUGUAUCUAACACACCUCAAUUUUAUUACCGUCAAUCGUUAAAUACAGACCAUCCUUCUGGGUAUCAUAAUCAUGGUUUUCACAGUGAUUACACACAUUCUGCUCGGCAGAAUCUAGUUUCUGAGCUUGCAUCAAUGACUGAAGUUUCGUUUUGA